ACAUAUAAAAGCAUCAAUAAUGCUGGGAUUUCCAUUUUUCAAUCAGUGGGGCGGUCAUUCUUGCAUUUUUGUGUAUGGAUGUAGCGGCCACGCCUCCUUCUAGGCUUAUUUUUCCCCAAGUAUACACGGUGGUCGGAGUCGAAGAGAAGAGAUUGAGAUUAGAGGCGACAUUGACAUGUACCGUGCUGGUGGGGUUUAUUGGUCGCCGAUGGGGAGGUCUCCGUCUAGGUUUUACAAUGAUUUGAAGCAAAAGAAGAAAAGUCUGAACCAAGAUCACUUCGUUGUUGCUUCUGCCAUCGAUUCUCAUUUUCCGCUUCAAGACAGCUCACCAACGCCGGAGAAGAAUAAAAACUCAUAGAGCAAGUGUAGAGAGAGAGAGAGAGUGAGAGAAUUUCGAGCUGAAACAGAAGAUUCAGAAAAAGGUGCUCUUCUUAUUCAGCCACGUGUGCCCAACGAGCUAAUCCAUCUCAACCGUCCAUUGAUGGUUUGGGUGGACCACAGAGGAAAUCCUUUAAAUUCUCACGAGAAGAUAAAUUUAGAAAGCAUCAACCGCAGCUUCCCGCUUCUCUAUUUUUUCAAAACGAAGAAGAGAGGAGCGAGAUUUCAGAGCACUGCAGAGACAUGGGGCACCAGAAUCCGCAUCUUCAUCGUCAUCAUGAAGCGGUGGAAGAUUUGGCAAACUUGUUUGCCAAAGCCAACCAUGACCUAAGCGUUGUUCAUCACCGGCUCGAGAAGGAGUUCCAGCAAAUCUACCCUGAAAACGCGAAUCCGAUGAAGCUUGUUUAUCGGAUAAAGAAGAUACAGGAAGAUCUCUCGUCCUUGAAAGAGCACUGCCGUGAGCUUCUUAUUGCGAAGCAGAAAGGUGUUGUUUGGUUGCAGGAUUUGAUUGACAAGGCUAAGACAGUUCUAGUUGGGAACAGGAGUUUACUACAACGGAUGCAAGCUUCCUCUGGCAUUCCCAUCACGAGCGAUUCUGAUGAUACAGCUUUCUCUAACUUCAAUCAGAUCAUUGAUGAGUGGACUUCCCAGCUCAGGUCAAAAGCAGGUGAUGUGAAGCAAGACUCUAAUGCAGAGGAUAUCAAUCAACUACUCUUCUCAGCCAUAGUUCAAGGCAGUUGAAGUAGACUCGGAAAACCACAUGACAAUACCAGUUGACAAUUUUCAGUUCCUUGAGCGAUGCUGUAUGUAAUGUACAUGGGUCUGGUUUCACUUCAGCAAGAGCCUUCUGGGUGAACGAAUAGAACCAUCCAUUCCUCCAUUUGAACUAUGAACAUUAGGAUGAAACAAUUAGAAAAACUAAAUAGAUAGUUUGAGCUCGUGAAGCUACUGUAUAUCUUGCAAUUUACCUCUUUCACAGCAAUUGGAAAAUGUGCAACAGUUCUUGAAUAA